AUGGGUCUGGGAGCCUCGGGAAAUGAUUCAGUUGUCACCGAGUUUGUCCUGCUGGGCCUGACGGAGACUCCAGCUCUGAAGCCCAUCCUCUUCGUCAUCUUCCUAUUUGCUUACAUAGCUACUGUGGGUGGCAAUUUCAGCAUCCUGGCUGCCAUCCUCACUGAACCCAAACUCCACACCCCCAUGUACUUCUUCCUGGGGAAUCUGUCCCUGCUGGAUGUCGGCUGCAUCAGUGUUACUGUCCCUGCCAUGCUGAGGCAUUUCAUGUCCAAUCACAGAAGCAUCCCCUAUAGAUCCUGCCUCUCACAACUCUUCUUCUUCCAUCUCCUGGCUGGGGUGGACUGCUUCCUGCUGACCGUCAUGGCCUAUGACCGCUAUCUGGCCAUCUGCCAGCCCCUCACCUACAGCGCCCGCAUGAGCUGGGGAACCCAGCAAGCCCUGGCGGGCAUGUCCUGUGCCUUUUCCUUCACCAAUGCACUAACCCAAACUGUUGCUUUAUCUACUCUUAAAUUUUGUGGUCCCAAUGUGAUCAACCACUUCUACUGUGACCUCCCACAGCUCUUCCAGCUCUCCUGCUCCAGCACCCAACUCAAUGAGCAGUUGCUCUUUGUAGCAGCAGCCUUCAUGGGUGUGGCCCCCUUGGUCCUCAUCGCUGUGUCCUAUGCACAUGUGGCAGCUGCAGUCCUGCGGAUCCGCUCUGCAGAGGGCAGGAAGAAGGCCUUCUCCACGUGUGGCUCCCACCUCACCGUGGUGGGCAUCUUCUAUGGCACAGGUGUCUUCAGCUACAUGAGGCUGGGCUCAGUGGAGGCUUCGGACAAGGACAAGGGGAUUGGCAUCCUCAACACUGUCAUCAGCCCCAUGCUGAACCCAGUCAUCUACAGCCUCCGGAACCCUGAUGUGCAGGGUGCCCUGUGGAGGGUGCUCACGGGGAGACAGCCCCCCAAGUGA